CGCCGAGUCGCAAUAUAUGGAAAUUCCCGUCUAACUGUUAAAAAGCGCUGGACCGCUACAUAUUUUUUUGAUAAUGUAUACUUAUAUGUCUUACAAAUUAAUAUCUGUUCUAAUAAUUCUCGGGAUGAGUCAGAGUCGAAUCCGGAUAUCUCGAGAGAGCAGCCGCUAGAUGUUUAUUUAACAUGUUCCUGACAAAGACUGCCCGGGACUUUACCCUGCAUUGAAACUCUCCUUGCCUAUGGGCUAUGAGUAACAGUCUGAGAAGAGAGAAGCAACAAUCGUCCUACUCAAAACUAUACACUUGUGUGAUGUUGUAAAUAGUUUGAUCUAUUUGUUGAUAAACUGCAUGAGUGACUCGUCUUUAAAUACAUAUAUUUAGCCCAAAAUGUCACUUGUACGUGCAAGGGAGUGAGAAUCAUCUAGCUACCUAGCAGCUAUGUCCCCAAUGUGGUCAUCAGAAAAAAGUGAUACCCACAAGACCAACAAAAGCUUCUUCUCUUCAACCUCCUCAGCUUCCUCCUUCUCCUCUUCUCAAACCUCACCAUUCCCAUCAAACCCUAAUCCACGUAGGACAAUGGAAGAAGUCUGGGAAGACAUCAAUGUCCCUUGUGUCCAUGGAGAAGAUCCCCACAUCACUAACAUAAACUACCACGGUGUCAAUCUCCAAGACUUCUUGGCCCAGCCAUUUGCCAAAAACCCACAAAAAUCUUCCAUCUUUACCCCUCCAGCGCCCACUCACGCGUUUAACUUGAAUUCUUGCCCUGACUUGGACUUUGAAGAAGCUAGUGGAGUUGGGAGUGUCCCUAAAGCCACGCCCUAUAAGGGGUUUGGUUCGAGCUCUCCCCGCAAGAAAAGGGGCGCGGAGCCCGAGGAGAGCACCGGUGACCGGAGAUACAAGCGCAUGAUCAAGAACCGUGAGUCUGCUGCCAGAUCAAGGGCUCGAAAACAGGCUUAUAGGUUUGAACUGGAGGGAGAACUUGCUAUUUUAAAGGAAGAAAAUCAAAGACUCAAGAAGCAGCAACAGAUGUUAGAGAAUUUCGACAUGGAAGCUCCUCAAGCUCCUCCCAAGAACACUCUGUGCCGAACUUCAACUGCCCCAUUUUAAGCUACAUCAGCAUGGUAUUCCAGGAAUAUAUAGUGGUAGAUUGUUUAGGUCAAGCUUUGUCUAUUUGGGAUCCAACUGUUUGGUAAAUAUAGUAAAUCUGAAAAAUGGAUGCGUAGUAUUAGUGUGGAAAAGUUGAUGUAUCUCGAGGGCUCCAUUGUCUAGUGACAAUCUCCAACUUGACUAUCAGUGUCGGGUUAAGUAAAGAAUGCGAAUCUAAUUUGUCUUCA